GUCAUACGUCUGCUUACAUCCCCUGAAGUGGUAUGAGCAGCUUAGAUGUAAAUUUUCACAUUUCGGAAUCGUGACAGCUCUCAGGUGUGAUUUGGGUGCUAUCAUCUAUAAUGGAGAACACUUCUGAAGACUACAGGAUCCAGUCAUUUGACCUGGACACACAGAUGUUGCUGAAAACAGCCUUGAAAGAUCCAAGUUCAGUAAAUCUGGAGAAGGUGUCCAACAUCAUCGUGGAUCAGUCUCUAAAGGACCAGGUGUUCAGCAAAGAGGCCGGACGCAUCUGCUACACCAUCGUGCAGGCCGAGGCCAAGCAGAGCAAUGGAAAUGCGUUCAGGAGGAACUUGUUGAACCGCCUCCAGCAGGAGUUCAAGAACCGCGAGGAGACGAGGGCGCGCUCGCUGCAGGAGUGGGUGUGCUAUGUGUCGUUCAUCUGUAACGUCUUUGACUACCUCAAAGUGAACAACAUGCCCAUGGUGGCUCUGGUGCAUCCUGUGUACGACUGUCUGUUCAGGCUGGCCCAACCAGACGCUCUCAUGAAUGAGGAGGAGGUGGACUGCCUGGUGCUGCAGCUGCAUCGUAUCGGAGAGCAGCUGGAGAAGGUGAACGGCCCGCGGAUGGACGAGCUGUUCUUCCUGCUGCGGGACGGCUUCCUGCUCCAGGAGGGCCUCACCUCCAUGGCCCGCCUGCUGCUGCUGGAGAUCCUGGAGUUCAGGGCGGGGGGGUGGUUGCUCAGCAGCACCGCUCACAAGUACUACUACAGUGAAAUUGCUGACUAGGAUUGUUGCAAGGACAAGGGGCAGCUGAUGUGCAGGUGCGUUAGCCAACCCUUAAGCACCUUGGAUACCUCUCCUUCACCACCAGGGUUUCUCCGGGAACACGGUGAGUCGAGGCGGCGGGCAGCAUCAAAGUCUUUAAUUUCUUCUGAUAUUAGUAGACGAGUCUAAAAUAUAAUACACUGCGGGAAACCCCGGUCAUCAGGGGAUAUUAAACCAGCAAUUUCAUGAAGGACAGCGACAGUGGACGGUGGUUUAUAAACUGUAAAAAGACUUUUGGGGUUUUGCUGGAUUGUUCCUGCGUUUGAUAAUAUUCCUGACCCAUGGUGCCGUGGAUGUGGACAGUGCAAUAGUUCAAAAGGUGUUGAAGUUACCGAGGUUUAGCCACAUUCAGGUACACUUUGUUUUAGAGUGCGAUCACAGCGAAAGAAGCUGAAGAUUUUUUUUUUUUUUAACUGAUCUUGCAGGCAUUCCUGUUUAGAAAACAUUUCAAAGUCCAACUUAUUUUUUAUUUUUUUUAAAAAACUAAAUCCAAAGGACUUGGAAGAGACAUUCCAGUCAGAUGAAAGCUGAUUUAGUCUUUACUUUACUUUUUUUUAUUGUUGUGUGACCAAAUUCAAUCAAAAAUCAACAUUUGAAUGAUUUAGUUGACAUUUUUUUAGUGUAGAGUUGACAUUUUACAAAAGGUUUGUAUUGCAAUUCAGAGGAAAUUUCUGACUAAUUUUUCCUGUGUUACUGUUUCGUUACGUGUCGUUACGUUUAGGCCGUGUUGUCAGAUGAAGCGUUGUGUCUUAAUUCAGGGACCUUCUUUUAUUGUUUUGUUACAGCUCCACUUUUCAAAAAAAAAAAAAAAGACCAAAAGAUUUGGAACUGAGAAAUCAGUCAGAUAUUUACUUUACACUUUUUUUUAUUUGUUCAACAACUUGUGCCAAUACAACAAGAACAGCAUCAUCCAAAACUUCUCAGCAAAGCCUACGCUCUUAAUUUGUAGUUGAGGUGCUGGAGGACAGUGGUGGAAGGUGUACUUGGAUCAUUUACUUAAGUAAAAGUAGCAAUACCACAGACUGUGUAUAAAAACUGCGACUUAAACAUCACAGUUUAUUUGUUGGUGAAAUUUGAAUGAAUUAUCUUAAUCUGCAAAGUAACUAAAGUCAUCAAAUAGAUGUCAUGAAAGUAAAAAAGAGCACUAUUCCCCUCAAAAUUAUACUUAAAUAGUUGAGUAAAUAUGCAGUUAUCUUCCACCACUGCUGGAGGUGUCAGUUUUUAUCCUCCUUUCACGUCUACACAGGUAGGUUAAAAGUAAAUGGAGAAGUAUUUUUCCUCUGAAUUCACCAGCACAAGCUACACUUCAGUAUGACACAGAGCUCAGUUUUAAGUAGAAGUCUGUUACUUUUGUUGAUUCUCAGUGACGGCUUGCUGGUCUUAAACCGGAGCUGUGCCUUGAUUCAGAAAGACACGAGCAUUGAAGAUUAAUGCGAUUAAAUUGUUACAUUUCUUUGAACGCCACUAUUUUAAAAAGCUGUACUUGUAAUUGUAUGUAAAUACGUAAAGCUUAAAGUUUGUUUGUUUUUUCAACCUGGACCCUAUUUUCCCAUGUUUCGUGUGGAAGUGAGUAAUGGGGACAACAGUUUUUGAAAUUGUCCACGUAUUAAGCGAGAGCGCUGCAGCCUGUAACGGCGAAAAGGCUGCAAUGUAAUGACUCUGGUCAUUUGUGCAUCGUUGACUUACUUCGACUUACGUCGCUUGUUUUUGCCUCUGACAGGCUCCGAUUAUUAUUGUCUAUGAAUGUAAAAAUUAUAGAAAAGAUCCCGACUAUGAUAGAGCUUUUUUUUAAAGAUUAUUUUUGUUUAACCAGAAACCAAUCCUACCACUCUGUUUUAAAAGCAGAUUUUCACAUCUAACUGGGUGAAUUAAGAGUUAAUUUCAACCAAAAAAAAAAACAUGGGAAAAAAAAGGAUCCAGGUUGAAAAAAUACCAAACUUACUCUUUAAUAUAAAAUUGGCAGACAAAUCAGCGUCACAGAGAGAAUCUUCAACAUUAGAAAAGCGUUUCACUGAUUCAGGAAAUUUUGUAGUACAUUUCCAAAAAUCUUUUUUUCUAGUUGUUUUUGAAGAUUUCCAUAUGAGCUUUGGUACUUAUUACCACCUUCAGACCAAGCUGAUGAAACAAAGUGGGGCAGAAUAGUUGUAAUGGUGUUUUAAGCUGAUCGUGAGGAGUAAAAUCAUGAGUCAGCAGGUUCGAACGCUGUCGACGCUCACAGUCCCUUAAAGACGGGACGCAGUUCUGACCGCAAUAUCCGUGUAUAUAUUUUAUUACACUGUCGCAACGUUUUUACAUCACUUAAUUCCAUUUUUUUAUGGUUGGGUUGUACAUUUAAUGCAAAUUUAUUUAAUAAAUCUUGGAAGUUUUUCCUUCUUUCACUUUCAUGUGUUUAUUGUUGAGCACGACUGCAUAUUUUACACAAUAACAUUUCUCAAUACAAAAAAAAAAAGACUUCUCACUGUUGUCCUGCGGCGCUUUUUACGGUGUAGUCCUUUUAACAUUGGAUUUUCACGCUGUUUACUAUUUACAGAAGCACUUUGAACGACAAAAUGUGAAUCUU